UCCUGGCAGCCAUGUCACUAUGCAAAAUUGACACUAGUUUAUUUAUUUGCUGAGCGUGAUUUGCUAGCCCCGCCUCCCCAUUACACAGAGCCCCCUCCUUCCUCCUCUCUCCACCACUUGCUCUAUGAUGUUUGCAGUGUGACUUCUGCAUUCAGGAGACUGAAAACAAGCAGGAGGAAGAAUAGGAACAGAGACGUGGAAGAAGGCCUCCGCUCUGGAUGCUGGGAGCUUUCAAACUGCAUCUCGCUGUCAAGCUAUAAGCAUCUGUUGAACUGAAGCUGAUCCAGGAUGCGGCCCUACCUCACGCUGUUGUUGUUGAUGGUGGUGCCUGCUACUUCAGUGGAACGGAGGCGUCCUGUGAUCAAACUGAAUUCUCGGUUGGUGGGGAGCACUGAAGUGGUGAUAAAAACUGGGAACAUUCUAGAUUUGAGAUGUGAAGGUAAUGAACCGGUGAACUGGCAACCCAGACUUGCCAAACACAAACGCUACGUGUCCCGGGGCAGUGGGAAUGUCCGCACCUUCAAGGUGGAUCGCGCCACUGCAGAAUUCACUGGAACGUACAAAUGCUUCUAUGCUGCCAAAUCCCAAUACUCCAACCUGACCUCCUGGGUACACGUCUAUGUGAAAGAUCCAAACCGGGUGUUCUGGACCAGCAGCACAUCUCUAAGAGUGGUGAAGAAGGAGGGGGAAGAUUAUCUGCUGCCCUGCCUGCUCACUGACCCCUCAGCUACAGAGCUGGGCCUCAGGAUGGACAACGGCACCAGCGUCCCGCCAGGAAUGAACUUUACCAUCAACAGGUACCAAGGCAUCCUCAUCCACAGCCUCCACCCCAACUUUAACGCGGACUACGUCUGCACAGCCAGGCUCAAUGGAGUGGAGAAGACCUCGAAGGCCUUUUCCAUCAAUGUUAUUCAGAGGCUUCGAAUCCCUCCGUACGUCUUCCUGGAACAAGAAGAAUAUAUACGAAUUGUCGGGGAAGAAAUUAGGAUUCCCUGCACGACACACAAUCCCAACUUCUACUACAAUGUCACUUGGAAGUACACUACCAAAUCAAACCCAAAAAUAGAAGAGAAGGUUCGCUCCAAUGGGGAGAAUCGCCUGGACAUAGAGAGCAUACUGAGCAUUACUGCAGUGGACCUUGCAGACACAGGAAACAUCUCCUGUGUUGGUACUAAUGAAGCUGGAGUGAACAGUUCAACCACAUACCUGUUAGUUGUGGACAAACCCUACAUCAGGCUGUCACCCCAGCUGUCACCCAAACUGGCUCACCAGGGUCUAUCAGUGGAGGUGAAUGAAGGAGAAGAUCUCGAGCUGGGCGUGCUCAUUGAAGCCUAUCCUCGUAUUACAGAGCACCAAUGGCACACCCCUACAUCCCCCAACACACACACACAGGAACACAAGUUCAUCCGAUACAACAACAGAUACCAAGCUACCUUGCAGCUGAAGAGAAUGAACAUACAUGAGCAAGGAGAGUACACCUUUAACGCCCGCAGCAAGUUGGCCAACGCGUCUAUCACAUUUCAAGUUCAGAUGUACCAGAGACCUGUUGCUGUGGUGCGAUGGGAAAAUGUAACCACGCUGACUUGCACUUCUUUCGGGUACCCGGCUCCGAGAAUCAUCUGGUAUCAGUGUUUGGGAAUAAGACCCACGUGCAAUGAAAACACCACAGGCUUGCAGUUGGCGAUCCCCCUCCAGGCUCCCACUGUUGAGGUUCAGAGGGAAGAGUAUGGGGCUGUGGAAGUGGAGAGCAUCCUCACUGUGGGGCCGUCCAGCCAGAGGAUGACAGUUGAAUGCGUGGCUUUUAACGUUGUUGGCGUGAGCAGGGACACCUUUGCUAUGGAGGUCUCUGACAAACUGUUUACUUCCACCCUGACCGGAGCAGCAGGUGUUCUGGCAAUCUUUCUCAUUCUGCUGGUUGUAUUGCUUUACAAGUACAAGCAGAAACCCAGGUAUGAGAUUCGUUGGAGGAUUAUAGAGGCUAGAGAUGGCAACAACUACACCUUCAUUGACCCGACACAAAUGCCCUACAAUGACAAGUGGGAGUUUCCAAGAGACAAGCUCAAACUAGGGAAGAUCCUGGGUGCUGGAGCGUUUGGGAAGGUUGUUGAGGCCACAGCUUAUGGUCUGGGAAAGGAUGACAACGCGAUGCGUGUAGCUGUGAAAAUGUUAAAAACCAGUGCGCACUCAGAUGAAAGGGAGGCUCUAAUGUCUGAGCUCAAGAUCCUCAGCCACCUUGGGCAUCACAAGAAUAUAGUCAAUCUACUCGGAGCUUGCACCUACGGAGGACCUGUUCUUGUGAUAACUGAGUACUGCAGCCUUGGCGACCUCCUGAACUUUCUUCGCCUGAAGGCAGAGACAUUUGCAAAUUUUGUUUUGAAUGUCCCCGAUGUGGAGGAGAGCUCAAUCGACUACAAGAAUGUCUGCAGUCAGAAACAGUUUAUUAGAAGUGACAGCGGGAUUUCCAGUUCAGCCUCCAGCAGUUACCUGGAGAUGAGGCCCUGCCUGCUGCCGAACACAGACUUGUCACAAGAAGUUUGUCCAGAGUCAGAAUGUGAGGAAAGUGGCGAGUGGCCGCUGGACAUGGAUGACCUGCUGAGAUUCUCAUAUCAAGUUGCUCAAGGCCUUCAGUUUUUGGCCGAAAAAAAUUGCAUUCACAGAGAUGUAGCAGCAAGAAAUGUCCUCCUUACCAGCCACAGAGAGGCAAAGAUUUGUGACUUUGGCCUGGCGAGGGACAUCAUGAAUGACUCCAACUAUGUGGUGAAAGGCAACGCCCGUCUGCCUGUGAAGUGGAUGGCUCCAGAAAGCAUCUUUGACUGCAUCUACACUGUCCAGAGUGACGUCUGGUCUUACGGCAUCCUCCUGUGGGAGAUCUUCUCUUUAGGCAAAAGCCCUUAUCCAAGCAUGGCGGUGGACUCCAGGUUCUACAAGAUGGUAAAGUGUGGCUACCAGAUGCCUCAGCCAGACUUUGCUCCACCUGAAAUGUAUGAGAUCAUGAGGAUGUGCUGGAACCUGGAACCUACGGAGCGCCCGACUUUUAGCAAAAUCAGUCAGAUGAUUGAGCAGCAGCUUGGUGGCCAGCUUGAGCCGGGUCAGGUAAUGUACCAGAAUAUGCAGCAGCAGGUCACUGAGGGUGAGGAGUGUGAUGAGCUCAAGUGCUACAACAUCCCCUGUGACCAGUCUUGUGACAAUGAGGAAGAGGAGCAGCUUUUAAUGAAGACUAACAACUAUCAGUUUUGCUGAGGCAAGCAACAAUAAGAUAGCAAGUCCAUCGAUCGCUGAUCAAUCAGUAAAGUGGGAUUAGAUUAGUUUGCAGCUUUGCAGAGCAGCAGGCCUUCAUCAUCACAGCUGUUUUUCCCCUUUCUUUCCCUGCUGUGCCUGCUCUGCAGACAGACAAGCGGCAAAGCAUGUGACUCAUUGACGAGAGCUUGCCGUGUCAAACGUCAGCUGCAGACACAUAAGGAGGAAACUUGCAAACAAGCCCAAAACAUUUAAAAUUCUGCCCUAAAAAUCAUAUGUUUCAAAUAGCUUUUCCACAUCUCUGUCUUUUGCAUCCCCUCUUUUCAUUUUCACUAUCAAAUUACCAACGGAUCAUGACAAACUUUAAUCAUAGAGUCUUGUUUUUGUGGUGAUAUAAGUGUCAGCAGGUUCACUUCCUUCUCAUCCCUUCUUUUCACAUGCAGUUUCCCACAGGAAGGCGUUCAGUGCACACACAAAAAACUGGUUUCUAAGCUAGUUUUGUUUCUUUGUUUCUUGUAUUUACCAUGUAAAGUACAAAUGGCCCCACCUCCCCAGAUUUAAACAUGCUUAAGCCAGCAUAGAGAAAACCAAAACUGUGACUUUAACAAUAGCGUUGUUGUCUUUUUUUCUCUAUGGACGCCUUUCAUUGCUUUCUUGUAGCAACACAACAGCAGUGGCUGUCAGCGGAAAGCAACAUGUGAUUGUUCUGCUUCAAUCUAAUCAAUUUAUGGUGUGCAGUGUGGUUUCAGAGCCGGGAAUGCUACUGAACUAAACAGGGAGGUCUGUGGAGUCAUGCUGGACCAGAUGAACUAUAUGUCAUGUUUGACAAUGUGAAUGUUUUUACUCUUUAUUGGGAGGCAAAGUUUAAUCCUCAUAUAUUUUUGUAGCAUUAGUUAAUUUUAGGAAUGUGGUGUUCAGAUGUAAGCUUUUCCAUUGUCUGUAUGUAGCAGUCAGCCUACACUGCCAAUUGAAUGAAUCUUGGAAUGAUAUAAGCUACAUGUGAGACUCAGAUAAGAAAUGAUUUCAGGCAUUUUGUUGGCGCUUAGAUCCAAAUAAAGCGAGACUGAUGUGUCGAAUACUGUAAAAAGGCUUUCACAUAAAUAGGCGUGCUGUUUAUUUUCACUAAAACUUUGGAAUUUAUAGUACAUCCAUUUUUAAUGUUAGUCCUUUCACCUUAUUUUGUGUUUGUGUAAGUCUAUCCAAAUAAUGAAAUCAAUGUUAAGGUACUGAAUAAAAAAAACAGAUUACACAAAAGGC